GCCGAGGAUGUUGUUGCAAUAAUGAUCCCUGAACCAAAGGGAAAAGAGAUAGUCAGUUUGCUCGAGCGAAACGUUACUGUGAUGAUGUACAUCACCAUUGGAACCCGUAACCUGCAGAAGUAUGUCAGCCGCACCUCAGUGGUAUUUGUCUCCAUUUCCUUCAUUGUGCUGAUGAUCAUCUCCCUGGCAUGGCUGGUCUUCUACUAUAUUCAGAGAUUCCGAUAUGCAAAUGCCAGGGACAGAAACCAGGUGGCCCAAAGGCAAUCAAGGCUAUUAUCACAUCAGGCAAUGGGAUAAUGUUGUUCAG